AUGGGUGAAAUCCAAAAGGGAUUAUUUUCCGUCAUUGAGAAACUAAAAGGCACGACAGAGCAGGAGCUCCGGAUCGUUCUUCUCGGUCUGGAUAACGCUGGGAAAACCACCCUACUGAAACAGCUGGCCUCAGAAGAUGUGAACACGAUCACACCAACUCAGGGCUUCAACAUUAAGAGUGUAACCUGUCAUGGUAUGAAGCUGAACGUCUGGGACAUUGGGGGGCAGAGGAAGAUCCGCCCCUUCUGGAAAAAGUAUCUGGAGAACACAGACUUGUUGAUCUACGUCAUCGACAGUGCAGACAAGAAGAGGUUUGAAGAAACAGGCCUGGAGCUCUCUGAACUGAUCGAUGAGGAGAAUCUAAAGGGAGUGCCUGUGCUUAUCUUUGCCAAUAAGCAGGAUCUGACCACAGCGUCUACAGCUAGUGAGAUCGCCGAGGGGCUCAACCUGCACACCUACCGGGAUCGAGAGUGGCAGAUCCAGGCCUGUUCGGCUAUUUCUGGUGAAGGAGUCCAGGAUGGAAUGAACUGGAUCAGCAACAACAUUGUAAAUAAGAAGAAAUAA